AGCCUCACCCACCUGAACCCCCAACUUCAACCCACCACCCUAGCCGACACGGAUUCGCCAACCUGAAACCCACCACCACCACCACCACCACAACAAAUCGCUGCACAAGCCACCGAUUUAUGCUUAUUUUCAUUUUCAAAUGAAAAGAAAUCACAAUUCUUACUCUCUGGAUCGAAGAAGAUGGCUAAUGCCAUUAAUUAUACUCGCUAUACUUUCUCUCUUAAUUAUUCUUACGCUUGGCUACUCCAAAUCACCUACGCCAACUGGUGUUUCUUCAAAUCAAUCGAAAUAUAGCGUUCCUGACUGGAAUUUCGGUGACCGAUUAGUGCUUCCGAAAUUCCCGAGAUUUGCGUACUUGAUUUCCGGCACCAAUGGCGAGGGUGCUCUAGUGAAGCGACUUCUUCAGGCGGUGUAUCAUCCGAGAAAUUACUAUCUUCUGCAUCUCGAUCUAGAAGCAUCGGAUGCUGAGAGGCUUGAGCUUGCGAAGUAUGUGAAAUCGGACGGUGUGAUUCGUGUGUUUAGGAAUGUGAUGGUGAUUGGUAAGGCAGAUUUGAUCACUUAUAAAGGACCAACUGCGAUUGCUAGUACGCUUCAUGCUAUUGCGAUUUUGUUGAAGCAGGCCGGCGACUGGGAUUGGUUUGUUAAUUUAAGCGCAUCGGACUAUCCUCUAAUGCCUCAAGAUGAUAUCUUGCAUAUUUUCUCAUACUUGCCUAGGGAUCUGAACUUCCUUGAGCACACAAGUAGUAUUGGUUGGAAAGAGUAUCAAAUAGCGAGGCCUAUAAUUAUAGAUCCAGGGUUAUAUCAUUCAACGAAAUCCGGUGUAUUUUGGGCCAAGGAGAAAAGGGCCUUGCCUGCUUCUUUCAAGCUAUUUAUGGGAUCUGAAUGGGUGGUGCUGACAAGGUCAUUUCUUGAAUUCUGUGUUUGGGGAUGGGAUAAUCUUCCCCGCACUCUCCUCAUGUACUAUGCAAAUUUCCUGUCAUCACCAGAGGGUUAUUUCCAUACCCUUGUGUGCAAUCACAAGGAUUAUCAAAACACUACUGUAAAUAAUGACUUGCAUUACAUAAAGUGGGAUAACCCUCCAAAGCAACGUCCAAUAUCUCUAGCUUUGGAACAUUUUGAAGAAAUGGUUGAAAGUGGUGCCCCUUUUGCUCGUGAAUUUGCUAAGGAUGAUCCAGUUCUCAACAAAAUUGAUGAAAAACUUUUGAGGAGAUCGGAUGGGCGGUUUACUCCAGGCGGAUGGUGUGUGGGCAAUACUGUUUUAGGCAAAGAUCCUUGUGUUGCAUAUGGGAGUCCAAAUGCUGUUAAACCAACUGUAAGUUCUAAGAGGCUAGAGAAACUAAUAUUGGCACUUCUUGACUCUGAAAAUUUUAGAUCUAAACAGUGUAAGUAGUUCUGUAAACGCUUGAUUCUUUUUAUUUGCAUAGAUGCUUUGUUAA